UUUAUUGUCUAUGGAUCUUUCUUUCGCAACGCGCACAACGCUUACGUUUUAUCGUAAUUAAUAAUUUAUUCAACUAUAAUCUAGUUUUCUAGAUACUGAUUCUAAAAAUCUAUUCCUUUCCGGACCAUACAAUAUAGAAUAUUGAUUAGAAAGAAUACAUUUGCAGAAGAUAAUCAAAAAUGGCUGAAGAUUUAGAUGUGGAAGCAAUGUUGGAAGCGCCUUACAAUAAGUCUGAUACUGUGUCCUCAUCCAAGCAUCGCUCCGACAAGUACUCCGAUAAAUACAGAGAUAAAGAACGAGCCACCAGCAGAAGACGCAGCCGAUCUAGGGAAAGAAGAAAAUCUCGGGAUAAGGACCAUAUCCGUUCAAAGGAUCGAGAUGACAAGAGGGAUCGCGACCGUGACCGGGACCGCGAUCGUGAUCGCGAGCGGGACCGGGACCGCGGGCGGGACAAGGACCGGCACAGGGACAAGGGGGACCGCGAGCGUGGCGAGCGGGACCGCGGUGCCGAGCGCGACCGCGACAAGAGGCGCAGCCGCGACCGCGAGCGCAGCAAGGAGCGCGAGCGCAGCCGCGACAAGCACGCCAAGAAGGAACCCAGCAAGGAUAAAGAACCAGAAAAGGAGUACCGCUCCAAAUCCAGAGGUCUCGAACCCAAACUGGAGGAGCUACCACCUGAGGAAAGAGAUCUUAGAACAGUAUUCUGUAUGCAGUUGUCGCAACGAAUUAGAGCUAAGGAUUUAGAAGAAUUUUUCUCAUCUGUUGGCAAAGUACGAGAUGUAAGACUUAUAACAUGCAACAAAACCAGAAGAUUUAAGGGAAUCGCGUAUAUUGAAUUCCGAGAUGCUGAAUCUGUUCCACUGGCACUUGGUUUGACUGGCCAGAAAUUACUAGGAAUACCAAUAAUAGUUCAACACACUCAAGCGGAAAAGAAUAGAGUGGGUAACACAUUGCCUAACCUAGCACCUAAGGCUGCGAAUGGCCCGACGAGGCUCUAUGUCGGCUCCUUGCACUUCAACAUCACAGAAGACAUGCUGCGCGGUAUUUUCGAACCGUUUGGCAAGAUUGAUCACAUACAGCUUAUGACAGAUCCAGAAACAGGAAAAAGUAAAGGAUACGGAUUUUUAACCUUCCACAACGCGAAUGACGCGAAGAAGGCAAUGGAGCAACUCAAUGGGUUCGAGCUGGCGGGGCGGCCCAUGAAGGUGGGCAACGUGACGGAGCGCACGGACGGCAGCUCGAGCACGCGCUUCGACGCGGACGAGCUGGACCGCGCCGGCGUGGACCUCGGCGCCACUGGCCGCCUGCAGCUCAUGUUCAAGCUGGCAGAGGGCACCGGCCUACAGAUCCCCCCGGCGGCGGCGUCGGUGCUGAUGGGCUCGGGCUCUGCGCUGGCCGCGCCGCAGCCGCAGGUGGCGCCGCCCAUCGCCACGCAGUGCUUCAUGCUCAACAACAUGUUCGACCCCUCCUCAGAAUCGAACCCGAACUGGGACAUCGAGAUCCGCGACGACGUGAUCGGCGAGUGCAACAAGCACGGCGGCGUGCUGCACGUGUUCGUGGACAAGGCGUCGCCGCAGGGCAACGUGUACUGCAAGUGCCCCACCAUCGCCACGGCCGUCGCGUCCGUCAACUCGCUGCACGGCCGCUGGUUCGCCGGCCGCGUCAUCACCGCCGCCUACGUGCCGCUCGUCAACUACCACUCCCUGUUCCCGGACGCCAUGACGGCGCUCACCCUACUGCUUCCUACCAAGAACCGAUGAGCGGAAUAAAAAAAGCAUUUAAUUUAAUUUCUAACCUACAAUUAAUUUUGACACUAUCGAUACCUAGUGUAACUAGUGAUGUAAUUAGUUAAUAAACAGUUAACUGUAAAUUUAUAUAAAA